AUGCCGCGCCUCGCUGAGGGUUCACACGAUGCUUUUUUCACCCUCCUCGCUUCUAUCCUCGCACUCAUCCCACUCGCCACUUCACUAAGACUACAAAGAGAGCGAUUGAUGAUGUUUUUGCCGAGGCUGCUAUUCCAAAGUCCGAAGGAAGUUGCAAUUCACCGAAAGGCUAUUACUGAUGGAUUUACGGAAAUUAAAGGGUGGAUUAAGACGAUGAUGGUGUUUGGCGGUGGAACUAUUUUCUUCGGAUUCGGAUCGCUUGCCUACAAAGUGAUGGUGUAUGACGUUGAUGCCAAAAAAGAAAUGAUGGCACAUACCGCACGUGUCGUCCACGAGUCGGAGGAGAGACUCCAGACCCGCUUCGGUAGCCCCCUAGAUAACUUUGAACAAAAAACCCAGGCCCAAAUUGAAAACUUGAAGCUUGAGACGAAGUCGGAGAUUGACAAGCUCGGGCAUUUGGUCGAAUUGUCUACCAAGAAACGCUAAUGAGGCGCAUUAUUAUGGGGGUGGAAAUGGUGGUUAGUGCUGUUUUUUUCUUCUGUUUGUUAGAGGCAAUCGGGGGCGUUCGUCGGAAAUCUCCGUUAGGGAGGAUUAGAUUCAAAUAAAUAGAGUCUUGAAAUUGCAUUUCUAUUCCAUUUGUUGUCUUGGGGGGGGUCACGCGAAGCGGGCUGUGGAGCCCUUAAUUCAAAUAUAUUUAUACUAGCUAAACCUAUCCGGUAUUCGCUAGUCCAUACAAAUCUACCUAUCCCGUAGCA